UUUUGAUAAAUAAUUUUCUAUUUUAUUUCGUUUAUUUCCAUUUCAUAAAAAAAUUAAAUCAGUCUUAGAAACGACAAAUGUUUAUAAUUUUAUUGUCAAUUUUGUUUUCUGUGAAUUAAAUCUUAAGAAUUAAGGGUAAACAAAAUGCCAUUACUAAUUAAAGAUUAUACGUGGGAGGAAACAGAUCAAAUAGUCUGGAUAACCGUUCCGCUUAAAGGUGUAAAAGCUAAUAACGUUAGUAUUUUUACUUCAGAUGAAUAUUUGAAGGUAAGUUCUCUGAAUUGUUAAAUAGGAUUAAAAAAACUCUGUUUAGUCUUUUAGUUAGCCAUCCCUAUGACUAUAUAUGUAAAAAAAAGGGACCCGUGUAUCAGAAGUGUGAGUUUGGGUUUAUUAAAAAAUGUUACAAAUAUUAUUGUAGGGUUUGUAAGACAAAAGAUUAACUCCGAUAUAGCGUCAGUAAUUACAUACGAAUACUACAUACUUAAACUUAGAUUGGCACCCACUAGUUAGGUUACCAUACCAGAAAAAUACUUUAGCAGACAACAGGAAGUUUCUACAUUAAAAGAAAUUUAAAUUGUUACAAAUGACCAUGCUGAGACGGGAGCGAUGGGUGUAGGUACCGCUCAAAGGUACAAUAGAUGAGAGAAUUAAUAGCCUGACAUCAGCAGAGUUUAUGGUAGUUCAAGUACAGGGAAGAUAUGAUAGUUUGUAGAAAAGGGGGACUCCAUGGUAGACUGUGUGGGAGCGGGUAUCACAAAUGUUUUCGAUUAACAAGUUUAAGUUUCCAGGUGGAAGUGGAAUGUUAAAGAAGACCAUGGGUAGAGUUAGAUUAAUUAUCAGUAAUGGUAAAUGUCUCAACAUGAUACUGCUAAUAGCUUGGUAGGGACAUGGAAUGGAUGUCUGGGGUGUAAAAGGAUCUGGUCGGGGAAUGUUUUCUUUAAUGAUGUAGCAGUUCAAUGACUGUGGGAUGGUUAUCUAGUAGAGGUUAUAGUCACACGAGGGGAAGAUAUAAGGUGGAGGUUUGGGGACACUAAGGACACUAGUUGAAGGGAUACAUACCAUAACAACCGUUCUGUGACAUAAAUCCACAAUUGCAGGAAGACCACGAGCGUCAACGACUAAUGUACCACCGAACAAAAUACUGAGUAAAAAUGACAUUUUAAAUUAAACAUGGCGAUUGUCAACGCUUUCACCACACUUGCAACAACCUGAUUCGGCAUUACAGUGGUGUGCCUACCGCAAUUUGAUUCGCAACUCAGCAUCAUGCGGAAUAUGCAAUCAGCCGUGCCCUUUGAAUCCGUACAAGCAGGGAAUUGACGGUAGGAAAUGGGCAUGCGACCGUUGUGGGUUCUGCCUAUCUGUGCGACACAUUUCUUUCUUUUCACGCAGUCACUUAUCAUUACAACAAAUUGUCACCAUGGUGUAUUGUUAGUCGUAUGAUAUGCCACAGAUGCAGAUACAGCACAAGGCAGCUGUUACCAAAAAACUUGUAAUUGAUUGGUGCAACUACAUGGGAGAGGAGUGUGGAACUUGGCUGGAACGUAAUGCGACCAAAAUUGGUGGAAUAGACUAAAUGGAGAGCCUAUAAUUGUGGAGAUAGAUAAAACGAAAUAUUUCCACAAGAAAUAGCAUCAUGGUUAGUGGUGAGAUGGCCACUGGGUCUUCGGUGGGACCGAGAGCAGAAGUGGGAAGUGCUUCUUGUUGGAAGUGCAAGACAGGUGCACAGACACGCUACAAGCUUGUAUAGAAGCUCACAUUUUGCCAGGGACACACAUCAUUUCCGAUGGCUGGGCUGCAUACACACGCAUAAAUCAAAUCGGACUCGGAAUAUACGAGCAUUCUUUUGUUGUUCACCAACAUAAUUUUGGGGAUACUGAUGACAGCGAAGUGCAUACCUAGAAAAUCGAAAACAUGUGGAUGAGAGCGAAGCGGAAGUUGAGAAGACAAUUUGGAACUAGUCGUGCAUUGUUUCUCUCAUAUCUGCAAGAAUUUGCCUAUCAUAACCAGUUUCGACGCACAGACAUGUUUCCCAACUUUCUUAUUAUGCUUCUUGAUAACUAUCCGUGGUUAGACAGUCUGUUGUGGUUCAGAGUGAAUGGUGCUUUAAAUAAACUUGAAACUGUGUUAACUACAGCUUUGUUGGAUGUAUUUUAUGUUAUUAAGCCUGUUUUAGGUCUAUUUUAAAGUUAUUAAUUACCGACGCUAUAUCAGAUUUUUUCACCAGACAAAAUUAGGUAUCAAAUGAAAGAUAAUUGAAUGGAUUAUAAUUGUGUAAACUUACUUCUUCAGUUUAACUAAUAAUAGUAUACUUAGUAAUAUAAAUUACCAUAGUCCACAAAUGACAUUCUAAUAGCACUUACUUAGUCUCAAGGGACCCAGACACGCAUAGACAUUAUUCAGGUCCCUUUAGACUAAAUGCUAUUCGGAUGUUAUUUGGGGUAAGUUAUUUUAGUUAAACUGAAGAAGUAAGUUUACAAAAAUAUAGUCCAUUAAUUCAAUAUUAAAUUCAAUAAUCAUUCAUUUGAUACCAAAUUUUGUCUUACAGCCUAACAAUACUAUUUUUAAUAUUUUUUUAAUCCCAACCUCUCACUUCUGGGACCUGGGUCUGAAUAGCCACUUCGAUUAAAAAAAAAAAUAUAUAUAUAUACUUAACUUAAAUUACAGGUACUUUUCAGUUUAACUAAAAGUAGUAGUGUUAGUUUGUCGAUUAGUAUUAUUCUGCUAUUCUUUGAAAAAUUAAUCCUUUCGGGACAGACUCUUUUCGAGGUGUCUGUGCCAAAAAGAGGGAUCACUUUAUAAGCUCAGCUCUCGCAUUGCAAAAAAAAUUAUAAAAAAUAAACUAUUUCCUUUACAUAAAUAAAACUAUAUAUAUAUUCUUGUAGGAAAUUUCAUGAACUAAUACAUUAAUCAUGGUGGCCCUUCAGACACCUCUGGCACAUGGUUCUACUCCUACUUCCCCCUGCUAUUUUUCAGUUGCUACAGACACUCACUGUAACAGGCCCACAUUUAUGACCUAGGGACUUUCUCUUAAGCUGGGUGCUAUCCGGCACUGAGAAAGUUGUCUGUAUACUUAUUUUUCCCCCCCUGUAAAUAUAUGAGUGAUAUUUAGUGAAAAAAAAACCAGCAUAAAGUACUCGAAUGGUGUGCUUAUGCCUUGAGGCAUAGGACCUAUAUUGUCUAAAAAUUCAAAGGGGUCUUUUAAUACUAAACCAAGGGCUCACAACAUUAUCAUGAACAUCAUCAUUUUGAUAUUCUUCAUUAUUUUCCUGGUUUUUUUCAUCAGUGUCAGAUUCACUCAUAGAAUAUCAAAAUCACUAAUUAUAGUUUGUUCAGUUUCACAGUCAGACAUUUUGGAAUUUUACUAUAUUACUUGCAACAAAUAAAAAAAUCAACAAUAGCUAGUACACAAUAAACGGAGGCUGCCAUUAAAAUGCCAGGAUGUGCAGGAAUAUGUAAGAAGCAAUCUGAUUAGCUGAAAAAAAAAAACAACUAACCAAUCUCAAGGCUUGAAUUAUCGGCCUGAUAGAUAAGCCCAGCCGUUUCAAGAGGGUUAAUUAAUUAAACUUUGAUCAUUGUCAUUUUGUGUUCUCACUUCACUUCCUCAUUACUUGAGUAUUGAGUCUUAUAAAUUAAUUAUAAGACAAUAAGAAAAUAUUAAUCAUAGCUGCAAUAAAAAAAAUACCUAUCACAACCAUAGAGCUGUAAUAUAAUAAUUAUAUUCUUCUUCUUCUAUAUCUUAAGGGCCCACGAUCAAUUUAUUGAUCAUUUUGGCUCCUAUGCAUGUAGAUGGGAUUUGCAAUGUUUCUGUUACUGGUGGUGAUGAGGAAAUUAUGCACUGGGGGUUUGAAGGCUUGAGGCAAUAGACACAAAUGUGUCUAGUGUUGUCGCCUCAACUGUUCCUUUUGAAAGAUGGUUCCAGUCCCUGAUUGUCUUGUAUAUUAAUAUGAGAUAUGUAAAAUGUCUGAGAAUCAGUUAUUAAGUUAUGCCUAAUUUUUAUCAAUCUAAUGUCCCAGCUAUUGCAUGUAUUGUUUUAACUUAAGUUUUUUUUUAAAGGGUGUCAGUUUGUCUGCAUUUGGCAGUACUACCCUUUAAACUUUAAGAUAUUAAAUCAUUUAAGAAUUUUUUAAAAAUGAAUGCAAUCUUUAACUCAAAAAUUUAAAAAACCUCUGGUAUUCUACAUUUAAAACUAUAGAAUGGCCAAACAUGCUUUGUUUUCAUGAAUAAUACACAUUUCUUUUGCUGCCCACGGAUACUACUUCCAAGCUAAGUGCUAUUUCUUAUUUUAUACUGUUUUUUCUGUUGUCUUGUUCGCUCACGAAGGCUUUCUGCCGACACAUUCAUUGUUUUGUUGCGUUUCUUUUUUCAGGUUUAACCCUACUCCGUUUCACUUAUUUUAUAUUGUGCUAACCUGAUUGCAGUCUCUCCCCUUAUUACCCCUUAGAAAUUUAUUGUGCAAUGUAUGACAAAUUAUUGUAAAAAAAUCUUAUUGAGACACAUUUUUUUUCCUUCUAUGAAUAAAAAGGUUAGCUACCCACCAUACCUGUUUGAAUGCCUUUUGGUAGCACCUGUUGAAGACACCAGAGGCUGUGCUCAAGUAGGAAAUGGUGCUGUUGUCUUUAAACUCUUUAAAAAGGAACCUAGAUUUUGGAAUUGCUUGCAGUCCUCAGAUACUGGUAAUUAUAUUUCUUAUACAGGAUUUCAGUAAAAGUAAUAAUGUUUUAUAAUUUCACUGGAAAGAUUUUCUAUGAAUUUAAAUUAUUUCUGAAAGCAGGUGGCGCAGCACAUUUUUUAUUUAUAUGGAGGGCAGCAUUUUUGGACAACUUCAGAGUUAUUUUUUCAUUGAAGAGGGGCAGUAAAAAUUUGGUCCACCCUGGGUGGCUUAAUGAUGCUAACAAGUUUUUGUGUGUAAUGUUGAAAGGAGCUCUGUUUUAUAAGCAUUAAUGAUGGGGAUGAAUAGCUUUAAGUGGGCUAAAACACAUUCAAAUUUGAAUUCAUGUAUUUAUUUAUAAUAGAAAAAAAAAAUUUAAUUGAAAAAAUGUAUACUGAAUGCUUGAACUAGUGUACAUUGUAAAAAUGCAAACCUUCAUAAUUUUUUUUUUACUGCGAUCACCUCAAAGAAUGCAAACGCUUUUAUUAGUAAAAAAUAUAUGUAACAUUUUUUCUACUUUAUUAGAUGACAAAGAAAUAAUGAGACAGAGGAGAGAUGAAGCCCAUAAAAAGGUUCAGAGACAAAUUGAAGAAGAGGUUACUAAAAGAUCUGAAAUAAAAAGAGAGCAUGAAAAACUGGCUGUCUCUGAAAUGAUGAAGGUAAUAAGUCAUUCAUAUAGCUACCUUCCAUGAUAAAAAGUUAACCUUGCCUCUCAAUUUCUGUCAAGAAUGUAAUUAAUUUGAAUUCAGUUAAAAUGUUUAAUGACUAAAUUGUUUAAUAGAAUGGUUUAGCUUUGCACUUAUUAUUGUUUGUAUUCUAAUUCACAUAAGACUUCCUUGAUUGCUGAAGAGUUUUUGGUCUAAGGUUGGUUGGAGCUUCACAUGUACAAACCUGUAGCUGUUAUCUUGCCAUUGGUGCAAUAGAAUGAAACAAUAAAUAUAUAUUUUUUGUCAAAGAUUGAACAAGAUGAAAGAGGUCGUAUAUCAAACAUUAAAGAAAAUGAAAGAUUAAAAGCAACACAAGACCUAGAAAGAUGGAAAGAAGAGCAGAGACUUGUUUCUCAACAAGUAAGAAUGAUUAAAUUUUGAAAAACAAAAUUUAACUUUUUGUGUGGAAAAGUGAAAGGUUUGGUUGCUAAUUAUUGAGGAAAAUUGGUUGUAAUUCCAUCAAAAUGGUUGUUGAAAAUGUUGAUUGUUCAUAUCAUUUUAAAAUUAUAACAUGCUUUAGUCUUAUUAACAAUGCUGAAGUAUUUUAAUUUUAACUACUAUAUACUAUCUCAUGUAAUGCAACAAAAUUAUGGUAAAAAAUACUACGGGUUCUUAAAGUUUAGGGUUUUCUCUAUAUGGGUAUUUAAUUUUUCUUUUAACAACACAUACUAAUGCCUAUGCAACAAAUAUUCUUUACCCACUCGCAUUUGGCAACUGAGCACACAUCCUGUACCCACAUAAGGCCAGUAAUGUCAGCAGUGCCCCCUUGGCAGAUUUUUAGCAUAGUUAUAUUAGUUUUAACCACAGUUCAUAUUAAAUAUAAGAAUUUAAAAGGAUUUUGAUGUAUUUAUUUAAAAAUAAAUUUUUCUUUCCUUAAUUCGUAUUGCAUUGUAAAUAAUAUAAAUAAUAUAUGGAACAAGAUUGACAGAUUACAUUAUGCAAGGACAUGGCAUUUUAAGGUAAUUUUUUUUAAAAAAGGGAUUCUUUUUAUGCGACAAUCUAUGGUACUCAAAAUGGCCUCUGUGGUUGUAGUGUAGGGUAAUAAACUUAGUAACAAUUAAAUGGUUUAAAUAAAAUUUUGAAAACUUUUUUUUUAAUUAUAGAAACUAAGAAACGAAUCUUUUUUAUACAGUAUUCACAAAUUUUUAAUGGAAAUAUUUAGUCUUGUUAUUUAAUUAUUGAAAAAUGUUUUCCCAAAAUUACAGAAAGUAUAAUUAUUUUCUGAUGGCUUACACAUAAAUUUGAUGCAAAACAUGAAAUUGUUGAAUGCAUAUCAAUAUAAAUAUAUACAAUCAAUGUAGGAAGCUAGGGUAAGAUUAUGGGAUUAAACCCAAACUGUAAAAUCCAGAGAUGGAGUCAUGACGUUGAUCUAAUUCUGAUACCAAUGUCAUUUUGAAAACUCCUCUGAUGCAGUUUGUUUUAAAGUUGUAUUGACUGUUGUCAUUUUCUUGGAUCCACUGGAUGCGUGGAAAGUGGGUAUCUGCUGCAAUUAGCAACAGCUGUACUCCAUAAAACACUAAGGCUAAGUAGUUGUACUGGUAACGACACUUCAUGAGGGGCAGAGCUUAUUUGUAAGCAUAUAAAGUUAAAAGGAGGGAAGACUCAAUCCACUUUGCUUUGCAAUAUGGAAUUUAAGAUGAACAAAACAAAGUCCUUGCAACAAAAAGAGUAUUUAACCAGAAGUCAGGGUUCUUUUUUUCAGAAAUAUUCAAUGGUUUAGUUGGCAUAUUUCAAGUGGAACUUGCCCUAGUUUUUUACAAAAAUAGUUUUAUUACUGUUGUGCUUUUCUCAGUGCUGGAAAAUUCAAUCACCAAUUGAAAAUCAUUAAAGGGAGCUGAGAUUCCUUCAUUUAAAUAUUGUAGGUAGCAAAAAUUCUUUGAUGGUUUCGUCAUUAAGUUGAAAAUCCUAUGGAACUUUACAGUUUUUAUGGUAUGAAUAUGAAGAAUGAGGGGUGUCGAGGUGCUUAGCUGACCAGCUCCUUAAGCCAAGCUGAGUAGCCCACACUUUCUGAGGAAAAAGGCAGAUGUUUUCUGAUAUAUGGCACCCAUCUUGAAAGAACUAUUUUUAUAUAAUAGUUAGAUUUUGAAUGAACAUUCAAAUAAAAAUAAAUGCUGAUGGAGACAAUAUUUUUAUGUAAGUUUUACUUCAAAAAUAUACAUAAAAACACUGGUAUACAAAUUAUUAUAUCUUCAGGCAUAUUAUAUUAGGCAUUAAAAAUUUACCUUUCUUGGCUUUGCUUUUCAGAACUGGUGAAUGAUUAUAUGGUAAACUAAAUUAGGAGCAAAAAUUUGUUUUAAAUAUAAAUUUUUUUGUCUGACAUGCUGAUUUUGUUCUCCCUUUCAAAGGUAUUUCAAAAGUUGGGGGUGCAAAAAGUGGGGGGGGGGGGGAAUUAAAAGUCUCUCUUAAUAUUAGGUAUCAUCCUCAUCCUCAAAAAUAAUGUGUCAGGCUUGGAAAAGUGGAAAGAAUUUUGCACAGUGUGCUACAAACAAAGGAACAAACAACUUUAAGCCCUGUUACUUAAUUUAUGUUUAAAAAAUGUUAUUUUAUUUAACUGAAAGUUUGGAAGAUAAUACUAUCAUAUUUUUUGAAAUACAGGAAAUAGAAAAAAUGCGAGCUAUUCAAAAAGUGCUUAUUGGUGCAGAGAAAGAAAAAGAUAGAGAAGAGAGAAAGAGGCAAAGAAGGGGUAUUAUUCUUAAUUUUAAAAAAAAUAACAAUUGACUUUAGAAAUGAUUAAGUUAAAAUAAUAUGAAUGGCUAUAUUUUGUUCUCUGUAUUUAUUCAGUUACCAAUUGUAUCAUAUAUUAAUUAGAACUAUUUAAAAGAAAAUUAUGUUUUACCAUAUAGUUUAAGUGUGAUUAUUUGUCUUUUAUAGAUAACAAUAAACAUAAUUUGCAUUGAUCUAAAUAUUUAGUUAGGACCUCAAAUAUAUUUGAAAAAGAAACAAAAGAUAACAAAGUGCCACCACGGGAAAAUGGAAAGAUUGUAAUCAAUCAUACACCAAGAGUUUUUCCUACCCCAACCAGAGAGUCACAGGCCCAGCAGGAAGAAGAAGUAAGAAACAAGAAGACUUAUUUUUUUGGUUAUUAUAUAAGUGAUCCAUUUUUGGAAAGUUAGGGAAAAACUCAUACAAGUCUUCAUAAUUGUAUUGGCAACAUUACUGUUUUAAAAUUACUUAAAGUUGAUAGAAAAGCUUUUACUGACUGUAUGAUAUAAGCUUUAAUUUAAUUAGUAAUAUUGCAGUGGCUAAAGAAACAAGCAGAGGCUAGGAGAACUAUUCAAAAUUCAUUAGAUAAUGACUUAAAUGAAGAGGAAAAAAAUCCACAAUGGUUACAAGAUAAAGGGAAGUAAGUACAGAGACUACCUACUUUGGAAAAAAUAAAUUAAAUUAGCUCUUUGCAAUCAAAAUUGUACACUCAUCCAAUCAAAGACGAAGUAAUUAAAAGAAAAUAUUGUAAUAAUUAUCUGAAAUUGAUUAAAUAUUUUUUUUAACACUUAUGAAUCCAAAUGAACGAAAAUGAUGUGCAGUAAAAUGUUAUACACUUAUUAUCUUUGUCUGCUAGGACAUGAGUCUUUUUUUUUCCAUUUGUUUUUUUUAUUUUCCUGAUAACUUUUAAUCAAUUUAUUUUUUUCUCUCAUUAUAGUUCCUUUUUUGCUGCUGGUGAUUUCAAGUCAGCAAUCAAUGCUUAUACACAUGCAAUUCAUCUUGCCCCAAAAAUUCAUUCGUAUCCUUAAUUAUAUAAAAUCUUAAAUUGACUAUUGCAUUUCUGGCUUACCAAUAUAUAAGGCAUUAGGAAAAUGUUAUGCUCAAAAUACUAGGCUUAAUAAGAGCCUGAUCAUAGCAAGUUAGUUAAGCUCCUUCAAAAUUUUACUAUAAUGAAAUUGUUACGUACUGCUAUAAUGUAGAGAAUUUAAUCUCUUAUUUUACUCUAUGGCUCAUGUCAAACAGUACAUAACAAAGGACGAUACCAUUAAUUAAAUACAGUACUAAAUAACAAUACCCAAACUAGGGCUAAUUACAAAUAAUAAUUUAUUAAGUUAAUUUAAAAUUACAAAAUCAAAUAGAAUAAAACUAAGGCUAUUGGCUUACACUACAGCAAUGAACUUGCACUGGUACGAUAUUAUUGUAACAGGUGCACACACUGUAAAUAUUAAUAUACAAAUCUACGAUCAGUACAAAACCCUGACUUUCUCUUUGUCUUGUAUCGUAAUAGCUUAAUGUCUCUAGCUCUAUGUAGAUCAGCUUAUUUAUAGUCUUUCUUAGAGAUUUUUCCAGAAAGGGGUUCUGCAUUGUGGCUAUACCUCGACCCGUCUUGUAUGUUGUACAGAAUUCUAAUUCUAAAGACUAUAGACUAUGUUUACAUGUAUUGAAGGUCAAGGGCAAAAAUUUAUAAUUAAGCCACACCCCGUCACGUUGCCAAACUUAAGGUCAGCCAAAGUCCAUGCAUGAGUUGCACAAGAAAACAUGACGUAAACACAAUCUAAACAAGGCCAACUUCCACCGUAACAAAAUUUUAAAAAAAGAUAUAUUCCCAAUAAUUACCUGCCAGCAGCAUGAAUCAUGAAUCUGAUAUGUAAUUAAGAAUAAAGAGCAUAUUAAAUGAUAACCUAAAAAUAAUUAAAAUUUAAAACAUGUUUCAUUAAAUAUUUCUCUGGAGACCUUCGUAAGUUACCCAGCCUAUGGAUCUAAGAAGAUAUUUUACUUGUGUGGGCAUUUCUUAAGGCAGUUAAUAUUGUUUUGUUUUGCAUUUAUUCUAGUGUCAGAAAACUGUAAAUAAAAUUGAAGCAUCUUGUUAAGACUUUUUAAAUGAAAACUAUUUCAAAAUCUUAGAAUCGCUCUGAAUUUUUUAAACGUAUAAAAUUUCUAUUACAAAGUAGUCUGCCAUAACGAUGGUUCUGAGAAUGUUUUCACUUGAAGGAAGAUAAGAACCAAAGUGUUUGAUGGUCAGAAAUAUUUUGAUAACCACCAAAUUACUGGUUUGAUAUGAAUACAUGGUUGGCUGUCCUAUUGCCAUUUAGGACCCAAGCUCUGCUUGCUUUUGACCAACCUCUAAUCCUUGUUUUUUUAGUUGGAAAAAAAAACAACAGGACUGCACCUUUUUGAAAUACUAUUUGGUUCUUUUAACUAAAUUUUGUUUAAGUGCAUAGCAUGCAAAUAUAUUGAAUGUGUUUUGCAUUUCUGUCUCAUAUUUUAGCUUAAUUAUUAUAUAUAAAUAAAGUAAACAAUAUCCAUUCUUGUUAUCCAUGUUGCCAAAGAUUUCAAUUGACUAUCUGAAAUACUUUGUUGAGAUUUUCCUUUAUAAACAACUAGACUUUACUCCAACCGAGCAGCUUGUCAUCUUAAACUUAAAAACUUGUUCAAGUGUAUAGAAGACUGCUCUAAAGUAUGAACUAACUCAUUUUUUCAAUUACCUUUAUAUUAGAUCAGUUGCUAAUUAUUUAGCCUUAUAUUAAAAAUGACUAUUUUACUUAAUUAAAGUGUGUAAAUUUCAAGAUUAAUCUACAGGCCACCAAAGUUAUUUUAUAAAGAUAAUUUAUUUUUAAUUAAAUAAAGUGAAAUACUUAUGAUUAUUAUAAUUGGAAAUAUUAAACGCUGUUUAAAAGUAAAACACCAAACAUGAAAUGAAAAAGAUUCUGAUACCGGUAUAAAAGUUUUAAAAUAUUUUAAUGAUAUUAUUUAUAGAACUCUUUUUAAACAGGAUCAUCAUGAAAAGAUUGUUUCAGAGACACAUUCAUUUUUGUUUAAUAAUUAUUGUUGGACUAGUGACUAGACUGAUUUAACUUAUGAAAACUUUCAAUUUUCUUGUUAUCUUGGCUUAAUAUUGAUAUUGUUUUAGGCUCUGGACCUUCUGUUCCCACCAGUUACACAAAAUGCAGGAAGUCGAUGCAAGGCUUUAAUUCGACGUGGAACUGCAUUCUGUUUAUUAGAGAUGUAUGUUGAAGGUGGGUUUUUAAUCUUAAUGACCUUAUAUUAAAAAAUGAAUGGUUGGUAUUUUAGUGUUAUGCACACAAAAGUCACAAAAAUAAAAAUAGUAGACGCUUUAUUUUAAAUCUUCAUUUGCAGCACAAAUUGUAAAAAAUAAUUUAUAGCAUCAUAAUUUUAGACCAUAGAAGAAGAAGAUUAUACCAAUCUUGAUUUUUUUAAAUGCUAUUCGUUUUAUUUUUUCAACCUAAGUAGAUUUUAUCUAUUAAUUUUGCUGGACAAGUUAUUAUAAUUUACUCGAGUCCUGAAGCACUUGUAUUAUCAUUAAUGAAUUUUAGGGUUCAUCUUAUCAAAUUACCCUGAACCUCCUGAUGAAGUUUCAGUGAAAUUUAAUUCUUUAUUGGCCAUUAUAUUCUGUAUUCUGCAAAUACUUUAUGGUGAAAGAAUAAAAGAAAUAGCUUUAAAAAUUAUACAUUUUAAUUUGAACAUUCUUUAAAAGUAAUAGUUUUGAUUAAUGUCUGAAUGUUCUUUAAAAAUAUGUUUCAACAUUUGUUAAUUUAUUUUUAAUUUAAACCUUCAAAUAAUCAUGUUAUUUUCCAUAUGGCUUAUGUACUAAUUGUGAUCUAGCAUGUGGCACUUGUGAUCUGCCUUGGAUUUUUAAAAUUUGUAUCUAUCAAAUAGCAAAAGCCAUAUGCCUUAUGAUCUGAUAUAUGUAUCUGACUUUGUGAUCUGCCAUUUAAUAUUACUUAAUUACUUAAUUAAAGACAAAGAAAAACUGAUCAUUUCAGAGCCAUGAACGUCAAGCAAUCAAAAGCCAACCACUUCCGUCAUGGUUAAUUUUUCUUGCAAUCAUUUCUUUAUUAGGUUUGAGAGACUAUGAUGCAGCCCUGGCCAUUGAUCAGAAUGUUGCUAUUGCUAAAGAUGCUGAAAGGAUUAGAAAAGUCAUACAGUCUUCAGAUCCAUCCUAGUCAAAGUCUUAGUCAAUUUAGUUUUUUUUUAUUAAACUUCGUUUGCAUUUUAAAUAAUUUUGCCAAAGGUUUACAAUAAACAACCCUUAAUUGAUUUGAAAAAGAAUGAGCAACAAUGAAUAAAAGUUACAAAGGUAUUUUCAACAAAAGUAUUAAAAAAUAUUCAAAUUUAUUUAUUUAAUGCCAGUUUUAUAAAAAAUACCAACAUAAAGAAGGGCGAUUGGCACCAGGCUGUCUUUUGGUUUUUAAAUAAAUAAAUAAGUUAUGCUAUAUGAAUUGUUUUUAAAAUUGUAUCUUUUAAUAAAUUUUAAAAUUAUAACUAAAGGCCAACAUUUGUAUUACAUCUUUGUAAUAAUUUGUAUGUUAUUGCCAGAGGCGUCACUAGGGUUGGUAAACUAUUGGUGUCAGCCCCAUUUCAGAUCACCCUCCUCUCUCUUUAGGACCUGCAUCAUGUAAGUCUUAGCCAGGCCAUAUAUUAUUUUGUUUGUAAAUAAAUUCCUAAAGCAAAAAAGACUUAAGUAGAAAAUUAGAAUUUGAAGUUAACAGAAUGAAAAAAAAAUGCAUCAAAAUGACUUUUUAUUGACACAUUGAUUUUUACGAUUUAAACUUUAUUUUCCUGGUCUUCAAAGAUGCAAACUUGUCAAUCGCUUCAUCAUAGCUAGCAUUUUUCAAGUUAUUAAGACAACAUUUUAAAAUUAUAACAUUUGGAUUGGGAGAGAGUCUUGGAAGUCAAAUUCAGUUAUCAAUAAAACUUCAAAUAGGGUUUGUUGCUUGAGUUGGAGACCCUUGAGCCCUGGACAAAAGUCUGAUCAUAUAAACCGAUGACAGUUGUCAUUAUAAACAAAACAGAGACAAUUGCUGUUAAUUUAACUUUUGCUGAAGUGAAUGGGGCUAAAUCAUGACCCACUUAAGCUACGUAACUAAACUCAUGGAAAACACUCUGGACGCCCUGAUGGUAACCUGCCUUUGUGGAAACCUGUUCUGGAAACACUAGGUUCUGGUGGCACUCAUUUCAGGUGGAAUCCCUGUCUUGUAUUUAACUUAGAUAUGUUAUGAAACUGACUAAAUUAAGUGAGGUUUGUCAAAUUUGAUGUCACCAGGGUUGCCAUUAGUGGCAUCACUAAUUUUUUUUUUGAGAUGGCAACCCUGGGUGUCAUCCCAUAGUGAGGGUGUCACCCGCUGUAGCCUGCACCCCCCUGUGUUGCCACUGAUUAUUCUUAAAACUAAAGUAAACAAUGUUUUCAUAUAAAAAAUUAGAAAAAUGUCCAUUAUAAUUAUAGAAAUAAGUUUAGGUUGCAUAAUUUUAUGCCUGUGGUGCAUUAAACGACAAAAUAAAAUUACACUUAGUACAAA